AAAAAGAUGUUGCCAAAACGACUCAUCAUUGGCUUGAUAAGCCUUUGUCUUAUGAUCAGAUGCACUGGUGGUAAUGAGAGGUGUGGAGCCUCCAUUAGAGGGGCGUGUCCUCCUGCUUGGAGCCAGUGGGGUGACAAAUGCUACAAGCAACUCAGCAAGAAUCUACCAUGGGCUGAGGCAAAACAGGAGUGCAUCAAGAAGGGAAGUGUCUUGGUUGUGCCACAGUCUCAGGAGGAAACUGAGUUUCUUCAGAACAACAUGCACAGACAGUUUUGGAUCAACUGUAGUGAUCUUCAAGUUGAAGGUACAUGGGUGUGUCAAGAUGGCACUACUGAUGUGGAGUACAGUAACUGGAAGACGGGUGAACCUAAUAAUGCUAAAGGAAUAGAAGACUGUGCAGUAGUGACAGCUAGCGGUGAUUGGAAUGAUGUACCAUGUAAUGGAGACUCUCCUGUCAUCUGCCAACGACCAGCACCACAGCUACACUUUUAA